AUGACUGAUCCCAGUAACUACAGCAUGCAGAUGGCAGUGAGCCAGCUCAUUGUCCACCCAGACUUCGACAAGCAUCACUUUUUAGGGAGUGACAUCACCUUGAUGAAGCUGCACGUGCCUGUGAAUUUCAACUCCCACGUCCUGCCUGCCUGUCUCCCUGAGAGCUCCACAAAGCCGGACCCUAAGAGUUCCUGCUGGAUAAGUGGCUGGGGGAUGACAGUUGAUGAAACUGAUCAUGCAGAAUCACUGCCACCUGCUAUAACGCUUCAGGAGGCAGAGGUCAGUCUCUUAGACAAUGAGGACUGUAACGCCUAUUAUAGAUAUUCAGACCCCAACGCAACUGGCUCAAAAUCUGUUGGUGUAUUUGACGACAUGGUGUGUGCUGGGGACCCCAUGAAUGGAACAUCCAUCUGCCGGGGAGAUUCUGGGGGUCCCCUUGUCUGCCCGCUGGACGGUGUUUGGUACCUGUUUGGACUGACCAGCUGGAGCGCAGAAUGCCGUUUUCCCGUUGGUCCCAGUGUCUUCACCAAUCUCAGCUACUUCGCUGACUGGAUCAAGCAGCACCAGAAGGAGGCUCCCACCCCCAGCAGCAUCAUGGCCUCAUCUACACAAAAGCAGCCUGCUCUGAGCCCUGUCCUGAAGCCCAGGAUGACUGUGCUGCUGUCUGCUCAGUUCCUCCUGCUGUGGCUGAGUUUGGUCAGUGCUCAGUGA